GGUAGUUUGGGCCAAGAAACAGGGAAAUAGAACGUGCCAGGCCCACCCAGGACCUUUAGGGCGAGCCCGGGUGGUGGAGAGAGCAAGAGAGAGCAAGGAGAUCUUUCUAGAAGCAUCAGCCACACCUCCCCCCGUGGCCUGGCUCAGAUGGUGACGUUGGGAAAGGGGUCAGGGACAGGGGGGAUGUGAUAACUGAGGUAAAAAAGGAGACCCUUCUGAUGACCAAGGUCUGGCGCUGUUGAGGGUCAUGGGUGGGAGGAUCCAGGGACUCUCCCAGGGCCAAGGAUACCCCAGGCCAGGGCUGUGCCCGCCAGGAGGGACCCUGGCACAAAGGUGGCACCCAGCCAUCAGCAGCCUCCCUGAGGAGUCUGGCCUCAGCCCAGAGCCAGCGGACUUGUGUCCCUUGUGUCCAGUUCUUCCUGUGCCCCCAGCACUGGGGAGAGCGGGGGUAUUUUGGUCACGGAGUCUGGUGACCCUGCGAGGCUGGCCAGGGGAGGCGCUGGUCCUCUGGAGAGGUCAUGCCAACUGUCUGCCAUGGGCACCUCCCUGUGCACCUGCCUCCUGUCCCUUGCUCGGGGUGCCAGUGAGGUGGAAGCCACUGCUGCGGGCGGUGGGCGCUGCCUGGCCUGCCAACCCCGGAGCCCUGCUGGGCCACCUCCUGGCACAGCUGGUGACCUCCAUCCUGCUGACCACAGGGGACCAACGAGAUUCUCCGGAUGUUCAUCACCCUGACGGGCAUGCAGCAUGCUGGCCACAUCCUGACCGCAAGGAUCCAGUAGGUGACAUUCCCAUGGUGGCUUCUAGGGCCCUGCCUGGCCAGCAGAGAGCAGAGGGAAGGGCUGCCCGGUUCUGGGACAGCCUUGCGGGACCAAGGAAGCCGGGCCGGGGCCGGUCCUCCAGUCGGGGGACACAGGCCUGCCCUAGGGUCACACAGCCCUCGGUCCCCAAGCACCAUCCGCCUCCAACAGGCAGCCCCGUCACCACCCCGGGGGUGGCCAACAUUUCAAAAAUUGAGGAGAGAGUCUGUUCUCAAAGCCAGCAAGAGGCCAGUUCCUCUGCUGUCACCUUUCCUGCCCCAUCUUGCCCUGGUCCCAGGUGGCAGCCUUUAGAGUCCUAUGAAGCCCGAGUCCAGGCUGCAGAUAGCACUUGGCAGCCUCCUUCACUGGGGGACCUCCUCGGAGUAGAUGCCACAGGCACAGGCCCCAUGAGGGGCCCAGCUGCCCUCUGCAGGCCCAGAGUCACCCUGGGCCCAGGAGGCCUUCAUGUCUUGCUGGGGUGGGCGACAGGGCCCUGGGGUGCGUGGGGGGCUCUGUUGGUGCCAGCAGGAGCCAGUGUCAGGGCUCAAGUCCUAGGACCCUGAACUCCCUGCAGUGAACUUAAAGGUUGGCCGGAGGAUUCGGGACUCUCUGGGCCGAACCGUGGACCUGGGGCUGACGGGCAACCUUGGAGUGGUCCACCCCAGCCUUGGGGAGAGUGCCAACAAACUCGAGGAGAAUGUGUACUACUUUGGCCGUGCCAUGGAGAAUCUGCUGCUUCGGUUUGGAAAAAGGUGUGCAGGCCCUGCCGACCAGGGACACAGCCAGCCAGGUGGCCAGCGGCCACCUUUGGGACUAUGCCUGGGACAGACACCUUGGUCACUCUGAACAGGGGCAGUCAGCUGGCUUCGCCUGCACCUGGGAAUGCCUGCUGGGUGUGUUUUCUCAGGGCACCUUCUAGAUGGAGACAGGCCCCCUGGAAUGAGGGGAGGGGACAGGCUGUCUGCCUGGCCUGAGUCCACAGGGUGACCCCCACGUGCUCCUGAAGGUGACCUGAGCACACCGAGCCCUGGGACCUGGGCUUGCCUUACACCUGCCCAAGUGCAGACAGGACAAAGAGAAGGGAAAACCAGGCCGGGCGGGUGGCCCACGCCUGUCAUCCCAGCGUCUCAGGAGGCUGAGGCAGGAGGAUCGCAAGGUGGAGGCCAGCUUCAGCAACUUAUCGAUGCCCUGAGCAACUCAGCGAGACCCUGUAUCUAAAUAAAAUAUAAAAGGGGCUGGGGACAGGGCUCAGGGUCAAGUGUCCCUGUGUUAAAUCCCUGGGACAAAAAAAAAGAGAGGUGUGUCCGGGGGGCAGGGCCAGGUGACCAGGUGGCUGGUCUCCAUGCUGAGCCUCGUCCGCAGACUGUCCUGGAGGAGCAGCUGGUGCUGAAGCGGGUGGCCAACGUCCUCAUCAACCUGUACGGCAGGAUGGCCGUGCUGUCUCAGGCCAGCCGCUCCAUCCGCAUCGGACUCCGGAACCACGACCGCGAGGUGAGCCCACCCUGGCCCCAUGCAGCGAGCCAGGCUGGACAGUCCAGCAGCUCGUCUUGGGGACAGAACAUGCACAGGUGGCAGCCGCAGGGAGACGUGGGGCUGGGAGUUGUGAGCCAGGCCUUUGGUCCUGCUGCACUUUAAUAAAGCUGGUGGCUGGGGAAGCCCAGGCCCGGGUGAUGCAGCCCCACCAAGGACUUCUGGGACAGGAGGGCCGGGUGAGCUAGGGCCCAUGGCGUGUGCAGGCAGUCACUGGAAGAGGCCAAGGUUCUGAAGCGCACCAGGGUGCCACUCGGGAGGCUGGGCAGGCUUGCCAUACUGUGGCCACAGGACAGUCCUUGCCGCCCAGGAAACCGGCCAUGUGCCGUCUUUGGUCCCCUACCUGAGAGAAGAAAGGGGCGAAGUGACCGGUCCACCUGCGUGCCACGUGUGCGCUGGCCCAGGGCACAGGCAGAAUGGUCAGUGGGGUGGCCGUCCACCUCACGGGAGAGGGAGCACACAUCUCAGAGGCUGAGGAGCCCGCGCUAGGGGACAGAGUGGCUAGGGGUCACUGAAGUCCUGAGCCAGGCCUGUGGGCCCGCUGGGCCAAGGGCUGGGUCAGCUCCAGGGCCCUGAGCAGCUGUCCUCUCUGACCCCGGCCCCCACAGAUCCUCUUGGCCAACAUGUUCUGCACGGAGGCCUACGUCCAGAACCUCUUCAGCCUGUCGCAGCUAGACAAGUAUGCUCCAGAGAACUUGGAUGAGCAAAUUAAGAAAGUGUCCAGGGAGAUCCUUGAGAAGCGGACCUACAUCUGCGCCCACCCUCUGGAGAGAACGUCCUGACGCUAGGACAGUGUCCCUGCCCCCGGGCCUCAGCUGACACUAGACAACCCUCUUUUCAGAAGGUGGAGAACUGCAGGAAGUCACAAGUCCCACCCUCUGUCCCCGUGUGCACCCGCUGGUGUGGACUGCAGGUCCUGCAGGAGGCUACACCGCAGCUCCUGAGCAAAGACGCAGGGAAGAGAAUCGCUGUCACCAGUGUCGCCAUUGUGCUGGUGGUUGGGGACAUGCUGGUGGCAGGAAGCUGGCGGACAUCUGAGGCUCGGGCAGCCAUUGCUACCAAGCCACAGGGUCAAGCAACAGCUGGGAAACAGUGCCCUUGUCACCUCCAAGUAGGAGGCAGAUGCCCUCACAGCACGUGCUGGGAAGUGUUCAACAGAAAGGAAUAUAAAAUAUCACAGUCUGUGUCCCCUCUG